AGUUCGUGCAUGCUAGGGCGAGUCUAAUCGUCUAAGCAGUCAAGUCGAAGUCUAGACCUGCUGCCGCUCACGCCCGUAGGCUUUCUCCACUUCGUCGGAAAGCUUGAAUCGGCUGAAUCGCCUCUAUAAUACUUUUAUUUCUUUUCCACGUGCAGCAGUGCCCUACUUCCCUGUGCCCCUCGCCCGAUUCCGAGUCCCGCCCUGCGCGGCUGCGCCAUCCGGUCUUCCCCUGCCUGCUCGCUGAGUCGGUCUUCUGAAUUUUAGGAAAAAUGAGGAGAAAAUGAUGAAAAAAUGAAAAUCAUACAUGUGAAGAGCCAGUUAUAAAUGCAUAAGGAGUACUGAUACACCGUUGAAGAAGUAGUAUGCGAUUCCCACCGUAUAAUAGCAAAGAAAUUGCCUUCCUAUGAUAUGGCCUUGAAACGAAGAGGCAGAGAUAGAUUACAGUUGAUGAAGAAGUCACUAUGGUUUUGUGUAUAAUAAUAGAGGAUCAGUACUUUCCACAUCAGUGUAGGACUUAUUAGCCAAGGGGAUGGCUGAGCGGCAUGCUAUGGACCAGCCUGUUCUAAAGGAUGAUAUGAUUGCCUGUGUCAUGGCUCUAGAAGCUGCAUUGCUUCCGUGCCUACCUGCCAGAGAACUCCAAGCAAUUGACCGUUCUGCUCAUCCUUAUCACCAGAUUGAUGUUGAGAGGCAUGCUAGAGAUUUUAUGGACGCGGCAAAAAAGCUUCAACUUUUUUUUAUUGGAUUGCAACGUCAGGAUCAGCCAAGCAGAGCAAGUUGUCUCCUAAAGGAGAUUUCGACCAUGGAAGAAGAGUUGAAAACGAAAAGGGAGAUGAUAAGUAAGCAAGAGAGACUUAUACAAGAAUGGAGGGAGCAAUUGGGCAACCAAUUGAAUGAACACAUCACUGAGUUGGAAAGGGUUUGAGAAAAUGGGAUGAAUUAUAUGCUUAUGUUAAUCGACCCCAAAUACUUUUGAAAAUAAGGCUCAGAUGUUGUUGUUUGGUUUCUACUUUCUACUAUGCAAUCGAGUCCUAUGUCAAUAAUUUCCGUAGCACAAUUUGAUUGAUCUGUUAUGGACCCUCCUUAGCUACCAAGCUUUUAUACUUUGCUUUUUAAUGAAUCAGUUAGGGUGUGUUUGAUGCACCUGAAGUGAAAUGGAAAGAACAAAUGCAGAAGAAAAUUAAUUUCAAAUGUUUGGCUUUACCUUCGAC